AUGUUCGUCGACAAAAUAGGAGACGUCCUUGCGCUGAUGCAGCUGCAACGCGCCCUGGCCGAAUUCGGCACAGGAAGCAUCAUUGCAGCUGUCCUCUUCGGAAUCACGGUGAUAUUAGCGGUUGAUUAUGCUCGAAUGCUAUAUUUGCAUUUCAAAAUGCCACCGGGCCCACUCCCCUGGCCCAUCGUAGGAAACACAUACUCCUUACCAGACAACAAACCCUGGAUCUACUUUGAAGAACUGGCCAAAAAGUACAAUGCGCCGUUGAUCACGUUCUGGAUUGGACGGAAUCCCACGGUAUGGAUUUGCGAUGCUUGGGCAGCCAGUGAAUUGCUGGACAAACGCGCUGGUAUCUAUGCCUCGAGGCCGCGGAUGGUGGUGUUCGGAGAGCUGGGUACGGGACAGUCGAAUCUUGUCACGAUGUAUUAUGGCGAUAGAUGGCGACUUCAUCGCAAGCUGACCCAUAUGGGUGUUGGAUUGCAGCAAGUGCGUAAUUAUCGUGGCUUUCAAAACGAUGAGAGUAAGAUAAUUGCAUACGACUUGCUGCGCGACCCGGACGAGUACGUUAAGCAUUUUGAAAGAUAUGCCACGAGUGUCGUGUCGAUUAUUGGAUUUGGACGUCGGGUUGCUAAUUUUAUGGAUCCGAUUAUCACGGAGGUUAUUGCCGUUAUGCAUAAGGCUGCUGAUUUGAAUGUGCCGGGGAAGAAGUUUCCUAUGUUGAUGGAGACUUUCCCAUUCCUGGCAAAAUUCCCCAACCAGAUUGCUCCCUGGAAACAUGGCCUCGGUUCUCGCAGUCGUGGACGACACUUCUUCUACGCUCUGGCAAAAGAGGCCGCAGAAAACCCAGAACAAGAACAGUGUUAUUCGCGAAAGAUCUUCGACGAGGCCCCCAAAUAUAACCUUAGCCAAGAAGAGAUUUCAUCUUUGGCGGGAAAUCUGUUUGGAGCGGGAAGCGAUACCUCCAGCUCGACGUUGAUCACCUUUGUCCUGGCAUGCUGUGCGUUCCCUGAGGUAUUGCCCAAGGCUUGGGAGGAGUUGGACCGAGUCGUCGGUCCUCACCGGAGCCCAACAUUUGAUGACGAGCCCAAUCUUCCUUAUGUCAAGGCUUUUAUGAAAGAGGUGCUACGUUGGCGAUCGGUUGCCAUUAUCGGAGGCCAGCCUCAUGCUCCGAUUCAGGAUGAUUAUUAUAAGAACUGGCUCAUCCCAAAGAACACAUGGGUCCAAGGAAAUGUCUGGGCUAUCCAUCACCACGACCGCGAGUUUCCUGACCCAGACCGGUUCCUUCCCGAGCGAUACCUCAAGGACAGUGAAUGGUAUAGAGCGUUCCCCGGCGAACGUGGCUACAUGACCUUUGGCUGGGGCCGUCGUGUGUGCAGUGGCCAGGGUCUUGCCGAACAGGGGACUUUUAUCUCCGUUGCCCGUCUAUUAUGGGGAUUCCGAUUCGAAAAGGGUCUCGACGAGAACGGAAAGGAGAUUCCUCUCGACAUUUUUGAUUAUACAAACGGUCUGAACAUGCGACCAAACGAAUUCAAGUGUCGAAUCACGCCUCGCAGCAACGAGAUUCGCGCGGCGAUUGAGCGGGAGGGUACACAGGCAUUGCAAGACCUGGCUCGUUAUACGGGCGAGACAAAGUAUCAAAUGAGCCGCUUCUACCAGCAAGACACAUUGGAGGAUUGA